CUUUGAGAUAUCUUUGUCCGAAGGAGUGCAACAUCAGCAGCCACCCGUGAUGCCUGAUCGCGUGUGACGCUGAAAGGCCUUGGAAGUUUGCAGAUAAAAAUUGGCAGCAGGCUGGCUCUCUGGCUGCGGGGCUAUGAAAACGGUCUUAUAGUACAGCAGGGAUUGAGGAUAGGGACUCAAGAGCCCCGGAGACAAUGAAGCAGCUUCUCUAUAUAAUCUCCCUGCCUUGAAAUCAGUGGCUGCAAAGGGCAAUCACUUCGUUCUUCAAUGAAGAGUAGGAGCCGAAGAGCUGCUUGGUGGGUGGCUACCUUGGGUUUACUCGUCAAACUCGUGUACCUCCUCGACCAGGUGACUGCGGCACCAUACGCUCACGAAGUCUUCAACAACAAGAAUGGACUCUGCUCGACUUUUGUUCACCCGUACAACUAUGGUUGCAGGGAGUUCUCGGUUCCAACACAAGAUGGGUUUUUGCUUGGUGUCCAACGAUUGUAUGGUCCAAACAGAUCCAAGGGUCCUGUGUUCCUCUACCAUGGGAUCAUGCAGGGAGGGGACAUCUGGGUGAUCAAUCAGCCGAGAGAUUCGCUGGCAUUUCAGCUCGCAGACGCCGGCUACGAUGUCUUCCUUGGAAACACUCGAACUUCCAAUUUCAGCUAUGGCCAUGCCACUUUGUCCCGCUCAGACGAUGAUUUCUGGGAUUGGAGCUGGGACAAUCUUGUUGAGCAGGACUUGCCGACUAUGCUGCGCUUCGUCCACAGUCAAACUAAUCAGCGAACAAUGUAUGUCGGAUUCUCACAGGGCACCAUGACAGCUUUUGCUGCUUUCGCGCACAGUGAUGUCUCGGGACUUGUAAAGAAGGCUGCAAUGCUCGGUCCUGUUGCAUAUCUGGAGAAUGUGGAUGCACCAAUGCUUUCCAUUGCGUCUAAUAUGUAUCUGGACAGGAUUCUUCUUGUUGCCGGAGUCUAUGAGUUCCGCGUUGAAAACUCUGGAGGCCGGCGAGUGAUCAACACCGUUUGCAGGUCCCAACGUAUGCAGCAUGUGGACUGCUUUGACAACUUGCUGGACAUGGUCACUGGUCCGAAUUGCUGCAUAAACACGACGAGGAGGCCCUUUUACAAUCGCUACGAGAUGCAAGCAACUUCAAUGAAGAACGUGGCACACAUGGCGCAGCUGGUGCGCUCAGGAGAGUUCCAAAAGUAUGAUCACGGAUAUGUUGGAAACAUCCUCCAUUAUGGCAGCUUGGAUCCACCGUCGUACUCCCUUUCAGCAUUUCCCAGGACCGUCCCACUCCUACUCAUUCGCGGCGAGAAAGACGAGCUUGCUGACAAGGACGACGUCGCCCGGCUCGUCAAAGAGCUUCCAUCCGAGACUCAACUCGUCGUGGUUCCUCGCUACGCGCACGGAGACGUGAUGCUCGGAGUGGACGCCACUGCGCUGGUAUACAGGAAGGUGAUCGACUUCUUCGCAAAGUAGGAAAUUAUCAUCUCCAUUUAAUCUCUUUGCAAAGUACUCUCAAAAGUUCUAACCAAGAAAAAACGCUUCUUUUUAGCUACCAAAA